AUGAAUAAUUCUAGGUUUGAUCCUUACAAAGCCUUGGUUUCUCUUCACGCAAAGUUUCCUAAAUAUUUCAACGAGGAAAUCCUAAGGUAUGUGAUAACAGCUUCUCACUGCGUGUGUCCGACUGAUUACUCGGAGAGAGAAAAACUGAAAACAUGUCAUGAAGGAAAGGAACGGAUAAAGCUCCACUCGAACUAUCCAAUUCAAAUCGAUAUCUGUCUGGCGGUCAGUGAUGAACGAGAAUGCCAGAUGGAUAUAGAAUAUGACCGGGCCUACAGGGUGACUGAGCUUGUGGUUCGGAAAGAACGCUUGGCGAAGGAUAAUCUAAAAACCUUUGACAUUGCUCUUCUCAAACUUGACCGGAGGGUUAGAUUUAACACUGAUAUUUCUCCUAUAUGUUUACCUGGUGCUCUCCAAUUCAAGAAACCAACUAAUGAGUUGGCUUUUGUUUCUGGUUUUGGAAACACAGAGUACUCACCGGAAAAAGACAAUAAAGCUGAAUGUGGGACAGAUAUGUUUCUUCCAAGACCGUAUCACAGUUGUGCUGGAAGCUGUCAAAAAUCAAACCCACCAAUUGAUUCUCUAGAUGAAACCAUUUGCAGUUGGCUGAUAUAUAAAAAUAUGGAUACUUUACUCAAGGCAAACUGGUAUAUUUUCUUAAAUAAAAUGAUUUAUCUCCUGAACAUUUUUCUGUAAUUUGUAUAUAUUUCUAUAUAUACAUAAAAUAGAAAUCCCUGUUAUUUUAUCGUCUACCCAUCAUAACUUGAGAGAUCUACGGGAAUGUUCUUUCUUAGCUUUAUAGUUUCCAGACCCUAAUUUGAGUGGGUCUACUUUUAUAGAGGAAAAUAGCUAAACUUGUAAUUUAAGACCGAGCGCGGGUAAACAGCGGGAGCUACCAUGAGUAAGUAACCUGGGCAACGAUGGGUUCCUAAACUAGUAUCUAUGUCCGAUUUUUACUGAGGAACCCUUUGACGGAUUGGAUUGAAAUGUUAAUUGGGAAAGUCGAGCGGAAGAACCACGGCCGUGAAUGUUCUUCAUGCCUGGUUUAAAUCUUCUGAAUUGAUCGGUUUAAUUUUUUGGGAAAACUCCAGGCAAAGCUGGAUUCCCAAGAUAUUUAUUUUAAAAAGAUUAAAAUUAUAAAAAUUAUUU